GUUACUGUGUUGAUAGCCCUGGAUUACAGUAAGGCAUUUGACAGCAUAAACCACGAGUUGAUGAUGUCCAUUUUGAGAUUUUUCGGUCUUGGUCAGUCAGCUUGCGCUCUAAUGUGCUCAUUCUUGAGGGGCAGAACUCAGGGUUAGAUCUGGAGAAUCGAAGUCUGGCAUUGUAAAUGUUGUGUCCGGCUUGCCCCAGGGUUCAAUUCUUGUCCCUUUUCUAUAUAAUAUAUAUGUCUCAGAGAUGCCUAAGGUGGUCCUUCACUGCAAAAUGCAUUUCUACGCGGAUGAUACUCAGAUUUAUUUUUCUUUUGAUCCCAAAUGAAUGAGAGACGCUGAAUCUAAGAUCAAUGGGAAUUUGCAAGCAAUCAAGAGGUUCUGUGAGUCCAACUGUUUAAAUCUGAAUCAUGCUAAAACUGCUGCAAUGGUGUUUGGACCUAUCAGGUCCAGACGCGUAGUAAUUGAGGGAAUGAAAAUUGUGAUGAACAAUGGGACGGUCGGGUUCACGAGUGAGUUAAGGAAUCUGGGUUUCGAACUGGAGCCCGACUUAAGAUUCAAAAUGUAUACUUCCCUGUUGAUCAAGAGAGCGUUCGCGGGUCUGCGUCUACUAUAUAUGCAUCGUGAUGUCCUGAGCAGGGAGGUACAUUCGAAAGGCAACACUGCAUUGGGGGUGUAG